GAAGUCUGUGUUGCCCCACGCCUUCCUAACCAGACUGUCACGCCAGGCCUUCCUAACCAGACUGUCACGCCAGGCCUUCCUAACAAGACUGUCACGCCAGGCCUUCCUAACAAGACUGUCACGCCAGGCCUUCCUAACCAGACGGUCACGCCAGGCCUUCCUAACCAGACUGUCACGCCAGGCCUUCCUAACAGACUGUCACGCCAGGCCUUCCUAACCAGACUGUCACGCCAGGCCUUCCUAACCAGACUGUCACGCCAGGCCUUCCUAACAAGACUGUCACGCCAGGCCUUCCUAACAAGACUGUCACACCACGCCUUCCUAACCAGACUGUGUCACACCACGCCUUCCUAACAAGACUGUCACGCCAGGCCUUCCUAACCAGACUGUGUCCAACCAGGCCUUCCUAACCAGACUGUCACGCCAGGCCUUCCUAACCAGACUGUCACGCCAGGCCUUCCUAACCAGACUGUCACGCCAGGCCUUCCUAACCAGACUGUCAAACCAGGCCUUCCUAACCAGACUGUCACGCCAGGCCUUCCUAACAAGACUGUCAAACCAGGCCUUCCUAACCAGACUGUCACGCCAGGCCUUCCUAACCAGACUGUCACGCCAGGCCUUCCUAACCAGACUGUCACGCCAGGCCUUCCUAACCAGACUGUCACGCCAGGCCUUCCUAACCAGACUGUCAAACCAGGCCUUUACUAACCAGACUGUCAAACCAGGCCUUCCUAACCAGACUGUCACGCCAGGCCUUCCUAACCAGACUGUCAAACCAGGCCUUUACUAACCAGACUGUCAAACCAGGCCUUCCUAACCAGACUGUCACGCCAGGCCUUCCUAACCAGACUGUCAAACCAGGCCUUUACUAACCAGACUGUCAAACCAGGCCUUCCUAACCAGACUGUCACGCCAGGCCUUUACUAACCAGACUGUCAAACCAGGCCUUCCUAACCAGACUGUCACGCCAGGCAUUCCUAACCAGACUGUCAAACCAGGCCUUCCUAACCAGACUGUCACGCCAGGCCUUCCUAACCAGACUGUCAAACCAGAACUUCCUAACCAGACUGUCACACCAGGCCUUCCUAACCAGACUGUUACGCCAGGCCUUCCUAACCAGACUGUCACGCCAGGCCUUCCUAACCAGACUGUCACGCCAGGCCUUCCUAACAAGACUGUCAAACCAGGCCUUCCUAACCAGACUGUCACGCCAGGCCUUCCUAACCAGACUGUCAAACCAGGCCUUUAC